CAGGUAGCGUCCACACAGCAACCUACCCGCCACAGUGACCCCGACAGGAGAAUCUGUCAGGGACAGAAGCAAGAUGGACGCUCACAAAUCUCGCGAGAAGAGAACUUCGUGCCCUCUCUUUCAACUUCCGGUCUUUUUCCCCCCCUCGCGAUAAGAAGCAGAGCGCCAGUUGCUGGAGGGUGCUGGCGGGAAAGCCGACUGGAGUCUUAGAAUCAGAUCUCGCGAGAUGUAGGGAGGCUGCAGCUUGUCUAGAGGGGCGGAGGCCCAGUGAGGAACCACGUGGGGACUCCUGGAGCUGAAUCUCAGGCGGGCAUCCAAUUUGGGUCUAGAUUGAAGUUGGAACCGUGGAGAUGCGGAAGGAAACACCUACCCCCCUAGUGCCCCCGGCAGCCCGGGAGUGGAACCUUCCCCCUAACGCUCCCGCCUGUAUGGAGCGGCAACUGGAGGCUGCGCGGUACCGGUCUGAUGGGGCGCUCCUGCUUGGGGCUUCUAGCCUGAGUGGCCGCUGCUGGGCUGGCUCUCUCUGGCUUUUCAAGGACCCUUGUGCCGCCCCCAACGAAGGUUUCUGCUCUGCUGGAGUCCAGACGGAAGCUGGAGUGGCUGACCUCACUUGGGUAGGGGACCGAGGUAUCCUAGUGGCUUCUGAUUCAGGUGCUGUUGAAUUGUGGGAGCUGGAUGAGAAUGAGACGCUCAUUGUCAGCAAAUUCUGCAAGUAUGAGCACGACGACAUCGUGUCUACAGUUAGUGUCCUGAGCUCUGGCGCACAUGCUGUCAGUGGUAGCAAAGACUUCUGCAUCAAGGUUUGGGACCUUGCUCAGCAGAUGGUUCUGAAUUCAUACCGAGCUCACUCUGGGCAGGUCACCUGUGUUGCUGCCUCUCCCCACAAGGAUUCUGUGUUUCUUUCAUGCGGUGAGGACAGUAGAAUUUUACUGUGGGAUACCCGCUGUCCAAAGCCAGCAUCACAGAUGGGCUGCGGUGCCUCUGGCUACCUUCCUACCUCCCUGACUUGGCAUCCUCAGCAGAGUGAAGUCUUUGUCUUUGGUGAUGAGAACGGGACUGUCUCGCUUGUGGACACCAAGAGUGCACGCUGUGCCCUCAGCUCCGUCGUGCACUCCCAGUGUGUCACUGGGCUGGCGUUCUCCCCACACAGUGCUCCCUUCCUGGCCUCUGUCGGUGAGGACUGCUCACUUGCUGUGCUGGACUCAGGCCUUUCCGAGGUGUUUAGAAGCCGAGCCCACAGAGACUUUGUGAGAGAUGCUACUUGGUCCCCACUCAAUCACUCCCUUCUUACCACAGUGGGCUGGGACCAUCAGGUCAUCCACCAUAUCCUGCCCACAGAACCUCUCCCAGAGCCUGAACCUAAGAGUGCUGCCGAGUAGAUUGGAUUUCAGACAAGAAGUGAAUCCCCCCCUGAGUAUCCACGCCCUUUGCCCCUGCCCUCUCUCAAUUUCUGAGAGCACACAGGAGCCUUCUGCAGUAUGUUGGUAUACCACAUGUGUGCAGUUAAAAGGCGCUUUGUCUCAGCCUGGGGAGGCUGGAUCCUGGAGUCCUGUAGUCAGGGGAGAAAAACUCCCUUGAACGUGGAUGUGUGUGUGUCUGAGUGUGUGUGUAGAUACGUAGUCUUUGUAAGUGGGGGGAGGGAGAAAAAUAUCCAUCCCGUGUCUUUCCCAGAGCCCAAUCCUCCCCACGCCCUAAAAAUUAGCAAGGGAUUUUUAUGCUUCCCACUGUAGUUGUGCAUUAGGAAUUGGCCAUGUCUGAAUGAGGUAUGGGAUGUGGGCAUUCCUGGAUUCUCGGAAGCUGCUCAUAGAGAUAGGAGCAACUUUUAUUUUUUUAUAGAGCUUAAUUCAACUUUAUCAUGAGCAGUACUUCCAUUUACAUCCAGUCCAGCCCACCCUGAGGAAGAGCCAGGACACUCACCACAGUUUUGUGCAUCUCCUUGUUAUUAUACUGAGCCAGAAGUCCAGUUUCUGGCCGAAUGAGAAGUUUGGCUGGUACCUGUGUAAUGUCCCCUCACUACCGCCACCCCCGUGGAGUUGUGUGGAUGAGGACGGAUGUAUUUCUGUCAUAGAUGCCAUAGAAGAGGUUCAGGAUGGAGAGCUUAAAAGCAUUUCAGUUAAAAACUGACAUAGGCCUACAUAGGAAUGUUUGCCACCUUCCCACCUGAAAACAGCUGGGGGCCUGAUCUUUUUUGCCUCUGGGUCCCUGUCUCUGGACAUAGGAAACCUGAAUACUAUUUUGGGCACUCUGAAGAGUUUAAAUAUAGCAUCAGAGAGAGAAGUACUGGUCAGUGAAAUAAAAUUUGAUUCAUCGUUGGCUUGUCUUUUGAAGCAUGUGUGUUAUGUGCAGUUAGACAUGUCACUUACGUGAGUCAUCAAGGUGUCUAUCUUAGAGCCUGUUACUUUUUUGUGUGCUUCCCCAGCCCCCCAGAGUAGCUAGUUGAAACUUAAGGUAAAUAUUUGUUUACUGUAUUGGUGGCUGCUGCCACUUAGAAGUUAUGGAUCAGUUACUGAUUGUAUUGAAACUAAAUUAAAUCAAUUAUGUACUUUUGUGC